UAUCAUCCUACCUCAUCAUAUAUAUCUAUAGAGAGAGAGAGAGAGAGAGAUCCGAUCGGUCGAACGAUGGAAAUCAUGAAAAGGGUGAUCAUGUUCCAGAUGAUCAUGAUGAUCAUUUUGUUGCUGUGUUUGAUGAGUACUCCAAUAUUCACAGGGGCAAGGAAUGUCGACGUUAAUGUAAGAAGCAAUAUUAUUAACUCAUCAUGUCAAGCAGACUGUGGAAAUAAUGUUAUUAUUCCAUACCCUUUUGGAAUAGGAGCUGGUUGCUACGUUGACCAUUGGUUUGAAGUUGUCUGUAUUAGUAAUAAUACUGACUCCUCCUCCUCCUCCUCCUCGGGCUCAGGCCCUCCCAAACCAUUCUUGAAAAGGUUCAACCUGGAAGUGCUGGACAUUCAACUUGAAGAAGCUACAGUUCGCGUCCAGUAUCCGAUAUUUUCGAAGUGUGACAAUUUCACGAGCACAGGCAAUCAUUCGGAGUUAGUAGAAAGCCCUUUCGUUUUCUCGGACCGCACCAACAAAUUCAUUACGAUGCCCAUGACUUGCGACUGCGACUUCACUACCUCAAUAUGGUCCCCAGAUGGCUCAGUUUCAUAUGGUGGGUGCAAGUCCCUUUGUAGUAGCCAAAGUGGAUUAAUAUUAAAUAGUACAAGCAGCUGCGGCCACCGUACUGACUGCUGCACAAUCACAAUCCCUUCAAAUUUUGGUGCUUUUACUACGAAGAUAGAGCAACCAAUUACUCCAUACAAUACCAUUGAAGGAUGUAAAUAUGGAUUCUUGGUAGACUAUUUGUGGUUCCUGAGUCAUUUCACAACUCCAACCCAAAAUAUGUCAGUUCCAGUGGUAUUGAAAUGGGGGAUUGCAAAGGCAUAUGAUGGAUCCACCUCUGGACUUUGUAAAACAGAUCGAGAUAAUCCCACUUUUCAGGGUAGCUCUACCUUUAAAUGUUUUUGCAUGUCUGGCUUUAAAGGAAAUCCCUAUCUUCCUGAUCAUGAAGGAUGUCAAGGUACGUAACUAAUUCGAGUAAUACUAGGUUUAGGAUAUUUGAAAAAUGUAGAACCCAUCAUAAAAAAGAAAAAAUAGAUUUUUCAAAUGGAUUUCUUUUUUUUUUCCCCAAAGGAU